AUGGCGCCCGCUGCUGGAGCUAAGAAGCAAAAGAAGAAGUGGUACGUGUCCAAGGGAAAGGUCAAGGACAAGGCCCAGCACGCCGUCAUCCUCGACAAGACCACCUCCGACAAGCUCUACAAGGAUGUUCAGUCCUACCGCCUGGUGACCGUUGCCGUCCUGGUCGACCGUCUCAAGAUCAACGGCUCCCUGGCCCGCAAGUGCCUGGCCGACCUCGAGGAGAAGGGCAUCAUCAAGCCCAUCGUUCAGCACAGCAAGAUGAAGAUCUACACCCGUGCCGUCGGUGGCUCUGACUAA